AGAAAGACAACAGGCCAGAACCUGAAUUGAAGCGUCGGCGUUACUGGAAGUCUGGUACGGGGCGGGAAGGAUGUGGGUGAAAACUGAGAUCUGCGUAUCUCGUUGUUUAUCGGACAUCUCCGCCUGGAUAAAGCUAGACAUCUAAAAACUUCCCUCAAAAAAUAAAAUCUUCCUUCAAGACUUACCUCCUUCAGUCUAGGUUGGAUAGACUUCACAAAUGUCACUACUUCAAUCCCCCAUCCUGGGGUUGCCCAAAUCCGUCUCCGUGUGGGACCCACCGAAAAGAAAACGUUUCCCAGAAUUCCCCGGGACCUGGCGCGGUCGGAACCCAAGAACUACAACUCCCAGGAUUCUGUGCCCCGCUGGAGGCGGGGCUUUCUGGCGACUACUCCCGGGAAAACGAGAGAUGGCAGAGAGGCCGGGGUCUCGGCACCGCUCGCUGUAUAAACUGAUGGGCUCGCCGCCUUGGAAAGAGGCUUUCAGGCAGGGAUGCCUGGAGAGAAUGAGAAACAGCCGGGACAGGCUCCUGAACAAAUACCGCCAGGCUGGAGGCAGUAUGUCAGGAGGCGCUCAGAACACCCUUCUAGUGCAGGAGGUGAUGGAAGAAGAGUGGAAUGCUUUGCGGUCGGCGGAGAGCUGGCCACAGGCCUGGGCUCAGUUGGAGGAGCCGAUGGACCUGGCUGUGCUGGAGGAAAUCCAACAGGAGCUGAUUGAUCAAGAACAGGGCAUCAUCAGCGAGUACGAGAAGAGCUUGCAGUUUGAUGAAGAGUGUCUCAGUGUCAUGCUCGCUGAGUGGGAAGCAAACUCCCUCAUCUGUCCCGUGUGUACAAAGUACAACCUGAGGAUAGCAAGCGGACUGGUUGUCUGUCAGUGUGGCCUGUACAUCCCGUCUCAUUCUCCGGAGGUGACAGAGCAAAAGCUUCGCGCCUGCUUAGAAGACAGUGUGAACGAGCACAGUGCACAUUGUCCCCACACGCCAGAAUUUUCAGUCACUGAGGGGACAGAGGAGAAGUCGAGUCUUCUCAUGAGCUGUCUGGCUUGUGAUACUUGGGCUGUGAUCCUCUAGAGUCAGUCCCAGUCUUGAUGCACAAUCUACUGGGUUGGAAGAAAGUCCCAUCUUGAAAAGUGGCCUUGUAAAUACAAACCUUUUAUUUAUAACUUAUUUAAUAUUAAAACAUUUCAGACUUUC